AUGAUUCCCAGACAGUUGCAAGGAAAGAGAACCGUCUAUGGAGUAGUUGCUGCUGUUGUGAUAUGGGCGCUCUUCUUCUACAGCGGAUCGUUUUUGGGCGCACCGGCUAGUGUCGUGUAUGUCGAUCUGGCUACGGGUCAAGUUCUUGCCCAGAAACCACAACAAGUGGCCCAAAAACCACCCGUGCAAGAGAACGCCCCCGUUCAGAAACCACAGGACUCUAAUUUGGUGGCGCAAGAGCAAGGGACCGCGCCUGGGGACUGUGUGAUUCCAGGACCUCGCGCCAAUGCUACAUUUGUCACUUUGGCUCGUAAUUCAGAGCUCUAUGAUUUGGUCAAGGCGAUCAGAAACGUGGAAGACCGCUUCAACAGAAAGUUCCACUACGACUGGGUUUUCUUGAAUGACGAGCCGUUCACAGACGAAUUCAAGCGUGUGACUGGGUCAAUCGUGUCUGGAACAGCAAAGUAUGGUUUGGUCCCCAAAGAACACUGGUCAUACCCAGACUGGAUUGAUCAGUCGAAGGCAGCUGCCUCGCGGAAGAAAAUGAAGGAAGAAGGCAUUAUCUAUGGUGAUUUGGAGUCUUAUAGACACAUGUGUCGGUAUGAGUCUGGAUUCUUCUGGAGACAUCCAUUGAUGAACGAAUACGAGUGGUACUGGCGAGUUGAGCCUGGAAUCCAAAUCCAUUGCGAUUUGGACUACGACCUUUUCCGCUACAUGGAAGAAAACAACAAGGUGUACGGCUUCACCAUCACCAUCCACGAGUUUAUCAAGACCAUCCCUACCUUAUGGGAUCGCACAAAGGAGUUUCUCAAGGAGCAUCCAGAACACGUUGCCGAAAACAACUUGAUGGAGUUUAUCAGUGAAGACAAGGGAGAGACAUACAACUUGUGCCACUUCUGGUCGAAUUUUGAGGUUGCAUCGUUGAAAUUUUGGCGCUCGAAAGCAUACACCGAGUACUUUGAUUUCCUUGACAGAACAGGCGGGUUCUUCUACGAAAGAUGGGGCGAUGCCCCUGUGCAUUCCAUUGCUGCGUCUCUCUUUUUGCCUAAGGACAAGAUCCACUUCUUCGAAGAUGUGGGUUACAACCACGGUGUUUACACACAGUGCCCUUUGAAUGAGGAGUUCCGUACGAAUCACAAGUGCUCGUGUGAUCCAGAGAGCGAUUUCACCUUCAGACCGUAUGCAUGCGGAAAGCAGUAUUUCAAAGCCAUGGGACUUGAAAAACCUCCAAACUGGGAAAAGUACAGUACAUAA